CGCCGAGUGCUGCUGCCUACAGCCUCGACAGCGACGGUGCGAGAGCCACGAAGGGCAGCCCAAGCGCACUGCCCCGAUACCCAUAACCAUGCGACGACGACCCACGUAAACGAUGGACGGCCUGGGCAUCAAGCUGAGCCCCCGGCGCGGCGGCGUCAAGCUCAGCCCCCGCAAGAAGCGGGAGGUAGAGAGUGAUGACGAGAGCACAUCAUCAUCAUCGUCCUCGUCCUCCUCCUCGUCGAGCGGCAGCUCAGGAAGUUCGAGCAGCUCGGGCUCCUCGACAUCAUCUAGUAGUGUACACACGCCCGAGCCCCCACCCCCACCGGUCUGGCUCGAGUUCGAGAAGGACGGCGCCGAGCCUUGUAGAUGGUGGUGGCACCGCGUCACGGGAGAACUCAAGUGGAUCAAACCGUACCGGACCGUCACGCUGCGCAUCCCGCGGAGAGACAUGAUGCGCGACCGCGGCACGCCGGAGAUGGGGAGUUGGUCCUAUCAGGCGCGGGAGGCGCGCAAACGCGCCGCCCAGCGCAAGAAGCGGCACUUGCGGAACGCCGUGACGUACGGGGACCAGGGCAAGUGGCACCGCGCGACCGUGGAAGUCGACAAAGCUCGACUGGCGCAUGACGGGGAUGGGGAUCGGUUCUACAACGCUCUGUUGGCUGCUCGGUUGCACCACGCGGCCUGGGCGCUGCACUGCAACGAGAAACGGAGUUCAGCAGCGUUAGCUUGUAACUUGUUUGAAAGAUGGAGGGAAGGGACGUCCGUCGAGGCACCUAGCAUACAUAUUAUGCUGAAGUACGAGAUCGCCUGCUGUGCUGCUGGUAGACCAUCGGUAGAAGAGAGAGGUACGCAGCACGCGGUUACGUUGGCACAGCGACGGGACCAGGCCUUCGACCUGUUCGCGGAACUCCUCCCCGAGGAGGAAGUUGUGGUGGAGGAUCAUCAACCUAAACUGAUAGAUGAUCCGGCCUCCAAUGCAGCAGCCAAAUGGCGGACCAAGACACAAGCUUCGAAGGUAAAAAAGCAUACGGCUCUCGAAAGGUUAGUGGAACACCACUCCCUACUCUGGUGCGCGGCAUUACUGCAGGAGGGCGGCGGCCUCGGGGACGAGCGAGCUCUGGAAUGUUUGGAAGAAAUUUACGAGGACCAAAGUCGGAGAGCGGCAGCAAACUACAUCCCGGAAGAUCUAGAACCAGAUGAUUUAGGCGGCUUACCGCCCGGAUUGGACGUGCCACCACAGCUCCCUAGGUGGCUCGCUACACUGUUGUACAGUAGAGCAUUGGCGCAUGCGAAUCGCGGCUACGAAGCCAGAGCUGCAUUGGAGGACGCGCGAGCAUUGGCCUCGAACGACGCGGUCGACCCCGUCGCUUCACUGGAAGCGCCUCCCGACAAGACGCGGGGCCAAUCGGCGGAAGCUUGGUUGGGAGAUACACGAGUUUGGAUCACCGCCAACGAGGUCCUUAGACAGAGAAGGCAGCCUUUCUUAGCCCUGCAAUGCACGGAGACGGCUUUGGAAACGCUGGAAUUGUCCGAUGUCAACCUUGGGUCAUUGAACAACCUCCCGAAAUCGCAAGCGAGGCAUCGCGCGGAGUGCGAGGUCUGGUGGCGGCGCGCUGAAGGUUUGUGGGUCUGCCACCACGAUCGGGAGGCUUUUAGGGCGUUACAACGCGCUUUGAAGGUGGAGCCCUGGCAUUUAGAUGUUAGAUUAACUGCGAGAAAGUGGGAGGUCGAGGCCCGCGAGCAGGGCGCGUUUAAACGAAUGGAAGCGUACGAGAAGCUCGAGGAGGCCCAGAAGCGCUUCGACGAGGUUAAAUUAGAGGCCCACAAGCAGGAGCAGAUGGAGCUGAUGCGGAAGGCCCGAGACGCUUUAGCAAGUGUAGCUGUUUUGGGAGAGCCCUUCGACCGGCUGCAGUGGAAGCAGGUCGAUAGUAUCUUCCAGCAUCUGAACGCUGUUGAAAGAGCCUGUAUUGCGGUUGCGUUGCCGUGUACGAGAAGGGCGGGCUGCGCGUUCCUGCUGCGAGCCGAGGAGUAUGCUUUGGUAAGGUACCCCCAAGCGCUCGCGCGAGGUAUGUUGGCAAGAGUCUACUGCAACGAAGAAAUGCGGAAGUGGAAAGCGUAUCAAGCGUGGGAGGCGGAAGCUUUCGGCAAGCUGUCGAAUACGAUUCGCAUGUCCAUGGCUAAAGGGUGUCCGAGGUACUUCCUGGGCUGGCGCGCCUACACGCGGGAGCAGAAGAAGUACCGCGUGUACGUCGCGACGAAAGCGGCGAAUGCCGUGAGGAGGAGGUUGGCUCAAUUGAGAACUGAAAGGCGUAGGAAGCACAAUCGCAUCCUCAAGGCGGACAGGCCUCGCUUCGUCAAACGGCAACUCGGGAGAGGUCUGAACAUCUUCAAGAAGACGUUGGUGUUGGUCCAUUUCCGGCGUGAUCACGCGACGACGAUCCAAAGGCGGGCGCGGGGUAUUGCUGGAAGAAGGCGCGUCUGGGUCGAGAGGUUAUUGAAGCACCACUCGCAGAGGCGCCUCAAGCGGUUAUAUUGGAAAUGGUUGAGGUAUAGCGCAUGGUGCAAGAAGCGGCGGCUGGCUGCGGAGUGUGUUCAGAGGUUCAUUCGUUCAUUCUUAUCUCGGUGCCACUGCCGGGACUGGUUACGUAGAAGAAAGCGGAACAACGUCGCUUCCAAUAGAAUGAGGAUACGACUACAAAGGAGGGACCACCGCAUCAUCGUGAGGGCCUGGGACAAAGAUGCCAAAGCAAUUAUUUUAGCGCGGCGCGUCAAGAUGUCGACGAGGAUCGCCGGGUGGUACCGCAAUCGACGCGUUUAUUGGAGAGCUAAAGUGCUACGACUGAGACGAAUCAGAGUGCGAGCCGAACAGAAGGCUUUGACAGAAUCGCUGGCAAUAGCAUCGAUAUACUCGCUACAGAAGAAUGCCCGUUCUAAGGUGAUCCAACGCAUGUGGCGCGCCUACGCCGCCAAGCACUGCCUUAAAAGAUUGAAAAAACAAAGGCAGAAAGCUAAGAAGUUGAGGAGGAAGUUCUUCAAGCGCCAGGGUCGCUGGGUCAUGAAGGCGUGGCGGGACAUGCAUCGAAGACAUAUGCGGUGUGCCCAUGUUAUUAUCAGAGCUUUUCGGAGGUAUAUUGCUUUGACUUGUGUGAGACGACUGCGGAAAGCUCAGAAAAUGGUCACUUCCAAGGUAGCCUUUGCACUUGUUAAAAAGUCUCAGAGGACUUGUAUCCGCAUCAUGGCCGCUUGGCAUACAUAUUCAAGGCAGUGUUUUGCGGCGAGAGUGUGCAACGGGCGAGCUCGAUGUUGGUUAGCUAAAAGACGCCUGGAAAACGCGCAAAAGCUGCGGAACCAAGAGCGUAUGAAAAUUGCACUGGGAGUUGGUAAACGAGAACUACGAACUAGAAUUAAAGUCUUUGUCGUCUGGAAGACCUGGGCGCCCCAAUCUAAAGCGGCGAAUACGAUAGUGAGGAUGUGUAGGUGUAGAAUUGCUCGAGAUGAGUGUCGGGAGCUAGCGCGCCAAAAACGAGAAAACGACGCGAAGAUUCGAGCGUGCAUCGGUGCGAAGGAGUUUAGGAUUCAGAAGAAGUGGUGGGGACGGUGCAAGCAGAUCUGGCUCUGGGAAUCGAGAUCUAGAAAAAUAGCGCUGUUUGUGAAGGGUACAUGGGCCCUGCGCCACUACCGGGAGCUGGCUCGCAUCAAGCGGGAACAGAAUGCGAAAAUCAGGAGGUGUAUCGGGUCGAAAGAAGAUCGAACCAAAAUAAGGAUGUGGCGUGGGUUCAAGACGCUGUGGAUAUGGCGGAAGCAACGGGAGGCCGCACAGCGCGCCGUCGACAAAGCCGACGCCUUGUUAGCUGCGUUAGCCUACGAUAAAGCUUACAGAUCAAUGAAAGCUAGAGCGGCGAACUGGCUCUGCGGGCGCAUGGUCAUGUUACUAGCUAGGUCUGCCGCGGCUAGAAGGCGCGUCGCGGACCGCCACCUCAAGAAGAGGCAGCGUUCUCUCAUGCUGGACUUUCGACGACGGCAGAGACGGGUUUACUUGUCGAAGUUUACUGAUUUGUUAGCAGCUAAAGGCGUGGCGUCGAUACGCGGUUUGUUCCCGCCAAAAAAGCAGAAGAAGAGCUUCUUCUCGUCCAAGAAAAAGGAGGAACCCGUAAAAGAGGAAGAAGCACCGCCACCGCUCAAACUUUUGAGGUAUGCGCCUCUGUCUAUAGUAGUAGAGAAGGGCGAGAAUCUCGUGGCAAAGGACUGGUCCUUCCGCAAGGCGAAUCGGACCAGUGACCCCUACGUGGUCGUGAAGCUGGACGGGAAGGAACUCGGCAAGACACUUGUUGUUGAUAAGUCCCUCAAUCCCGUCUGGUCGUUCGCGCUCGAGACGGAAGUGCUGGAGGAGCACUUGUCAAGUUCAGUACUGGAGUUCGAGAUCCGCGAUAAAGAUUUAGUCGGGUCCGAUGCGAUGGGGUCGGUCGAGUUGUCAUAUCCCUUCGGUGAAGCGCGGUGGUUAGAUGUACAGACAACUAAGGACUGCAAGGACGCCACGGGCCGGAUCUUUGUGGGGUGCCGCGUCGGUCCUAUUGUCGAGAGGGCCGAAGAUCUUCCGGUGAAGAAGCAGAAGAAGUCGUGGUUUGGUUCUUCCUCAAAGAAAGAGAAGGCUCCAGUAGUUACGAAGACGGCAGUUGUUGAAACAGAGACGGAAGAAGCGGUGCCCGUAGCCCAACAACGACCUGAGGAGGAAGUGGACCUGCCGGCGAUGCCCACUGCAUUAUCUUCAUCACGAGCGCACCGCUCGAGGGAGGGCCUCUCGUCCCAGUAUUUCGAGGCGCGGCGGCGCGUCGCGAAGUGUGGGGUGUUAGCCUGGCGCUCUCAUGACCUUGGGAGAGGUGAAUUAGUUGCUUUAGCUUCAUCGGCGGACGCCGUGGUCCUGGAGGCGCCGUUCUAUGGGUCCGAGGAUGUGCUGUUAGCGGCGGCAGCCUUACUAGCGCCGGCAGCGUCCACGGCCCUGACGGCUCGUAGAAGAUCAGGCAAGUUGCUCCGUUCAUCAAAGCCGCCGAAGCUUGUGUUAGCUGGCGAGGCCCGCGAUUUGUAUUUGGAUCGAAGGGCCGGCGCGGCGUGCGGCCUGCUGGCGGCUCGGGGGCGUUCUACAGCGAUCUGCGUCCACCGCGCGCGGUGCUCCGUUGGUUUUGGCAAGGCUUUGGCUAGAGGUUUAGUUAGGAAGGAUCUUGAUACUGAUACAUUGCGAGAACUGGCUUUAGAUGGUGCGUGUCUCGGGCCCGGUGCGCUAUCAUGUAUCCUAGAAGCCGUCAUGCUCCGGACGUCGGAGAGGCAAGCGAAACCGUUGACGCGAUUCGUAUUGGACGGCAACUCCUUCAACGCGCCUACAUUAGUAGGACAGCUCAAGGCUUUGAUUGGUGGACCCGCCUGCCCCUCGAACUUAUCACUAGCAGGGUGUCGCCUCCAGGGGUAUGCAGCCUAUGUGAUAGCGGCGGGUUUGGAUGCCCACAACAAUGUCAAUGAGAACGAGGAGCCCCUAUCUCUGUUGAGCAUCUCAGUACAAAAAGCCGAAAACCUCGUAAUAAAGGACUGGGCCCUUCAAUCAAAAAACCGCAGCAGCGACCCCUACGUCGUCGUGAAAGUGGACGGGAAGAAGGUCGGCAAGACGCAGGUGGUCAAGAAGAAUUUGAGCCCCGAGUGGAAUUAUGUUGUAGAGUGCGAGGUCCGGGCGCCGCAAGAUUCCGUCGUGGAAUUGAAGAUUUGGGACAAGGACCUGGCGACGUCCGAUGCGAUGGGUGCUGUUAUUCUUAGGGAUUUACCGCGAGGUGAGGAGCCUGUGGUGGAGUGGCGCGACGUCGAGUGCACCAGCGACUGCAAGGACGCGUCGGGGCGACUAUACUGUGGCGCCGCGUGGAGCAAGCCCGAGCGGAAGCCGCCUUCCUCGACAAAGCGUAGACAUCUCGAGGUUUUAGUGCUGAAAGACAAUCCUGAUUUAGGGGAUAGAGGAUGUGCAGCUCUGGCAAAAGCCGCGGCGGCCACACCUUCAUUAAGUCGGUUGGAUCUGGCGCGGUGCGGCUGCGGGCCGCAGACGGGCUUCGCGUUAGCUGACGAGCUGUGUUUUCAAUUUAGCGUGGAAAGACCAAGGGCCUGGAUCGGGGUCCGGGCGCCGGGCGCGGAGGAAGAGGAACUUGAUACGAAGCCGCGUCCACCGCCGCCGGACCCGCGCCCCCACCUUUCAAUAGGGUUGUCGCGGAACUUUGAGCUCGGGAACGACGCGAUUAACCGACUCGCCUACGUCGCCGAGCGGUCGAAGUACAGAUUGGGCGUCGAGUGCUCGUCCGAUUUGUAUGGGGACGAGGCGGGGUUGAUGUUAGCUGGAUUACCGGCGAAGGACCGGCGCUUCGUCAUUUCCAGUAAAACGGUCGUCGAGGCGCCGGUGCCCGCGCCCGCGCCCGCUGCAAUCGCGGAGGGUCCACCCGUCGAUCUGAUGCAUAAAGCUCGCUGGACGAAGGCGGACUACGCGCUCAUGACGCUGGAGUCGGAUUCUGUGACGUAUGACCUCUCCCGGCCGUCACAAGUGUCCCGGCCAUCGUUUGACCACUCUACUGUCUGAUGACUCGUAAGUGGAA